UGUACACACAGCGAGUUUUGAAGAAGCGGUCAUUUAUUUUCGGUCAAUGAGGAGGAAUAAGCGUCUGCAAGCUUUGUUUGCUCCUGCCUGGCAUCAGGCGGAGCCAGGCUCGGUCCCCUGCUGUGGAAGGACACUGACUAUGGUUCGCAUCUCUGUACUGCAUGGCUGGAUACUGGCUGUGAGCCAAGGGCUGUGAUUGGUUAAAAAAGCAAGGGUCGCCUGACCAGACCGGCUCUGGACUGCCCCUGUUACUUCACUGCAUUCUGAAGGUCUGUCCACCAAUUACAGGGCUCCUUACUGGAAAACGUAACUGCCGCAGUGCCGAGAGUCCAUAGCAACAGUCUUUAGAAAUCAGAGGGGGAAAGACUGUAGUCAGCACCCACGGAGAGCGUCUAUGCCCGAAGAGCCGGCGCUCAGGAUGGAUACCCCACCCCCUGAAGAAUCCUUAGAAAAGAAAAAUGAAAACCUGAAAAUCCAGGAAGACGAGUCGGGGUUUAAGGAAAUGGCCGGUCUGAGGGAAGCUCUGGCCAACCUCCGGGGACUGUCAGAGGAGAAGAGCGAGAAAGCGAUGCUCCGCUCCCGGAUUCAAGAGCAGUCCCAGCUCAUCUGCAUCCUGAAGCGGAGAUCCGACGAGGCCCUGGAGCGCUGCCAGAUCCUGGAGCUGCUUAACUCGGAGAUGGAGGAGAAGAGGAUGCAGGAGGCUGAGAAGAUGAAGGCCCAGAGCGAGGAGGUCCAGAAGCUGGAGGAUCGCUUUAUGACCCUGGCAGCCAACCACGAGUUGAUGAUCCGCUUCAAGGACGAGCACAAGAGUGAGAACGUCAAGCUGAGGGAAGAGAAUGAGAAGCUGAGGCUGGAGAACAGCAGCCUCUUCAGCCAGGCUCUGAAAGACCAAGAAGCCAAGGUACUGCAGCUCACGGAACAGAGCAAGGCGCUCACCAAGGAGCUGGAGCUCAUGAAGCAGAGGUGCGCUCAGGAUGCCAGCCAGGCCCAGACCCGAGAGAAGGAGCUGCUUGAGCAGCAGAGCCAGCAGGACUGCGCCCACGCCAAGGAGACGGAGCAGCUGCGGAGCCAGCUGCAGAUCCUCAAGCAGCAAUACGAGCAGGCAGCAGCACAGAUGGCUAAGGACCAGGAGGCCCACAGCAGCCUAAGCCAGGAGCUGCAGGCCAGGCUGCAGACGGUCAUGCAUGAGAAAGAGGAACUAUUGCAGCUGUCCAUGGAGAGGGGCAAGGUGCUUCAGAGCAAACAGGCAGAGAUCCGCCAGCUGGAAGAGAAGCUGGAGACAACCGCUACGGCCAAGAAGCAUGCGCUGGAGCGCUUUGAGCAGGAGGCAAUGGCGGUGGACAGCAACUUGAGAGUCCGUGAGCUUCAGCGCAGAGUGGACGGGAUCCAAAAGGCUUACGAUGAACUGCGGCUACAGUCAGAAGCCUUCAAAAAGCACAGCCUGGAUCUUUUAAGCAAGGAGAGAGAACUCAAUGCCAAGCUCCGCCAUCUUUUUCCAUAAGGAAAAUUCUCUUUCCUGUUAUCUCUAGUUAAUAAUUCAAAUAUUUAUGCCUUAGUGUUAUGGCAAAAGUGGACAUGGUAAUCCAUUUAUUAUACUUUAAAGCACAAAAGCCACUUUACUAUGACUUUGUUUUUGCUAUCGUUAAGGCUAAUAUCUAUUUUCAGGUCUACCACCUACAAUAUAUUAAAGAUUAACCAGAGUUC